CACAUUUCCUCAUGUUGAGUAUUUUGUUGAGGGUAUUGGACAGAUGAGUUACUUCGUACCUGUGAGAAGGAUCCUCACUUCCGAGGAUAUGGAGAAAUGGCAAAAUGGUGAAACGUAUGAGGCGAUUGUUCAAUUUGUCGAGGAGUUAGCCAAUUCCGUUGUUGGUAAGACGAACGACGCCGAGUGUAACAUUUCAGGUGUCAUCCAAGGUGUAUUGGAUUUGCUUGAUGAUGUGCUCAAUGUGAUCAAGUCCCAUCCUGUUGCUGAUAAGACGAGCUCAAGGUUCGGGAAGCCCGAGUUUAGGGAUGUGUAUGAUGAAAUCACUGACAGAUCACAGGACAUAUUGGCAAGACGUUUGCCACUAGAGCAGGCCACAGGUCAAAUCGGUGCUAUUGACGAAUUAUGUGUUUAUUUUAACGAAUCGUGGGGUAACAGAACAAGAAUCGACUAUGGGUCAGGUCAUGAGUUGAACUUCUUGUGCUUUUUGCUCUGUUUGAAACGCUUGGGACUCUUGGAGAGCUCUGAUUAUACUGCAGUUGUUUUGAAGGUGUUCAACCAGUACAUUCACGUCAUGCGUGUAUUACAAAAGGAGUAUUGGUUAGAACCAGCUGGAUCACACGGUGUUUGGGGAUUGGACGACUAUCAUUUCCUUCCUUUCCUCUUUGGAGCAGCACAACUAUCUACCCACAAACAUCUCCGUCCAAAAUCUAUUCACGAUCCUGAUUUGGUUGAAAUGUUCCAUAAGAAGUACAUGUACUUUGAAUGUAUCUACUUUAUCAAUUCUAUCAAGACCGCUUCUUUGAGAUGGCAUUCACCGAUGCUGGACGAUAUUAGUGGUGUUAAAACUUGGAGUAAAGUCUCUGAAGGAAUGCAAAAGAUGUACAAAGCUGAAGUGUUGUCGAAACUUCCCAUAAUUCAACAUUUUUUCUUUGGAAGUAUACUAAAGGCACCUGAGGGUUGCUCACCACCAAGAAAGACGUUCGACAAUGCUGAGGAAGGACAUACCCAUCACCAUGAUAACGAUUCGGAUGAAGGGCUGCCUGAACAUCAGCAUACAUGGGGUGAUUGCUGUGGUAUCAAAGUACCUUCAGCUAUCGCAGCAAGUGAAAUGGAUCACAGUCCAAGGCCAUUACCAUUCGAUUGAAUCUUAUAAGCUACAGUUUGUUAAAUAAAAAUUCGUAACUUCGUUAAUUUACUGUGUAUC